AUGACGUCAGACUGUGGUGGACAUCACUACUUAUGUGACACAAGCUGUUUUGAAAUACUGGAGACAUCCUGGCUGUUCCAGAACUGUACACUGACUGCUAUAAAGACUGAAUUUGGUGCUGAUGUAACUACAAAAGAGAUUGUUCUUGCUGAUGUCAUUGAGACUGAUUCUAAGGAGGUUACAAAAAGUGACACGGGUCACAGCUGGUGCCGAAACCCGGGAUCAGGCCAAACCAUCGCUAGACACCGAGGGAGAUCCCCGUUCGCGGUAGUAUCCAGAACUGCAGCCUACGAUCGAGCUUUGGAGGAGGGCGACCUUAAGGACGAGCAGUGCCGUGCAGCGGUAAAGGCAGGGCAGGAGGUGUUGCAGGAAGUACAAUCUAGCAUGUCAGAAUCUGAUCAAGAAAAGAGAAGUGGUGCGCGCAAAAGGAAAUCAAAGAAUGCUAAGAAUUUAUGCCCCUCGAAAGGUGAGGAACCUGCUGAGAAGUUAGGAAAGAGCAAGUACGCUCUGGGAGAGAAGUGCAAGGCGAUAAAAAAAGAAGCCAAAUCUAGACCAUUGUACCCAUUAAAAGACUUAGAGGCCCUUGAAAUAGACUCCUCUGAGACUGAGGGCCUUAGUCCUUUGGAGGAAGAGGAUUUGGAAGAAGAGGCUGCUCGAUAUGAGGAGGACAGAUAUCAUCCAGGUGAGUGGCCGCGGGCAGAGGAUGGAAAGGGAAAACAUACAGACCCAGUGGUGGCAGGCCCUAAAACUAUAAAAUUGCCAGCCACUCUUCCAAGUGCGACCCCGCCUUAUGUGGGACAGCGUGCAGACUCCUUCUUUUCACCCGAGGUUAGUCAGAAAAUUCGAAUGGCUUUCCUGGUAUAUGAAGGGGCUGAAGGCGGACGAAUUCACGCCCCUGUUGAAUUUAAUGUUCUAGAGAAACUUGCAGAAUCUGUUCGCAAAUAUGGGGUAGAUGCCAGUUUUACAUUCAUGCAGGUUGAGCGACUCGCCAACAUGGCCUUAACGCCAAGUGACUGGCAAACCACCGCAAGGGCAACGCUUAAUAGCUCAGGACAAUUUAUGGAAUGGAAGGCCCUGUGGCAGGAUGCUCUCCAAGCACAAGCCAAAUCUAAUGUUCUUUUAAUUGGAGAUCCAGCCCUUUGGACAUAUGACCUUUUGACUGGCCAAGGGCAAUAUGCUAAUAAUCAGACUGAGUAUGACUGGGGGGCGUAUGCUCAGAUUGCCACUGCCGCGGUUCAAGCCUGGAAAGGACUCUCUAGAAAAGGCGAGUCUGAGGGCCAAUUAACCAGGGUAGUCCAGGAGCCCCAAGAGUCCUUCUCAGAUUUUGUUUCACGAAUGACACAUACUGCCACAAAGAUUUUUGGAGACACGGAGAGAAUAAAAAUCCUUAUAGAGCAACUAGUGUUUGAGAAUGCCACCCCAGAAUGCAAGGCCAUUAUAGGGCCUCGUAAGAGCAAAGGGCUGGCCGAUUGGAUAAAAUCAUGUAGAGGCAUCGGAGGUCCCUUGAGUAAUGCGGGACUGGCUGCUGCCAUCCUACAAACAAAGGGUGACAACUCUCUGCAAAAGGUUUGCUAUGGGUGCGGAAAGCCAGGCCAUCUAAAGAAAGACUGCCGCCACCCACAAAAUAAGCCAAAAAGACCGCUCGGCCUCUGCCCAAGAUGUAAGAAGGGAUACCACUGGGUGGGCGAGUGUAGAUCCACCAGAGACCUGCAGGGUCACUUACUCCCCGCUGACGUUACUACCAGAACAGAAAAUGAGCCGCCAAAAAACGGGCAUUCGGGCCCAGGGCGCCAGGGCCCCAAAAUAUAUGGAGCCCAAAGCCCCCAUCAGAGAGGUUGGAUUGCUGCUGAGCCUACACAGGUUCCGUAG